AUGGUGGGGGAAUCGCUUAUGCAACUGGAGAGGAGGAAAAACGCCGAACGGAUGGCAGCCCGGAGGAGGGCCGAAACCAUCCGUUCUGAACCUACUGCCAUGAUUGAGUCUUCUCUACCUGUUAUUGCGGAAGAAAUGGCUCAAAUUGAGAUGGCCGAGACGGUGCAGCCAGUUGAACGGUUGAGUCAAAGGAAUGAUCCGAGGGGGGAGAAACGUCCCGCCGAAAGCGAAGUCGACUAUGAGGAAAUCCCUACCGACAAACGGCCGUGCAUAAAGGAGUCAGACUCGGUUGUGGACGAACGGCCGCGCAUAGAGGAGUCGGACUCGGUUGUGGCAUUUGUGACGGCGGGAAGGAUAUCCGAGAUAGGCCGCCGUCAACAUGAUGCUAUUGAACAGAUUGGCUUUCUGAAAACAGAAAUUGAAAGUGAGAAGGACAAGGCCGCGGAGGCCGCUCAAAGAGCCGAGCACGAGGCAACGAGAGCGGCGGAGGAAAGUGUAAGGGCCGAUGCCGUGGCAGAAAAGGAGAGGAGUUUUGACCGGCUCAGAUUGGCCGCCGAGGAGAAGGCAAAUGCGAUCGAGGAUGCGCUCAAGUUAGCCAAGGAGGUGAUUGCCAAGAUGGAAGCCGACUUGGAAGAAUCAAAGAAGGGGAAGGAAAAAGCUAACUCCAAAAUUUCCAAAGCGUUCCAGGUUGGGAAUGACGCCACCUUGGAGAACUACGUGGAGGAAGUCCCCAAGCAGAUUGGUUUGGAAGCUUCUGAUUCGGAGCAGGCUGAAGAGCCAGUGGCCGAGGAAGUCGCCGAGCAGCCGAGUCAGUCCGCUUUGGAAGCCGAAGAGGUUGAUGAGGCUCUAAACUUGGCAUUUGAAGAAGCCGGCCUUAAUCCAUCCAACCUUCCAUCCACUUCAGGUCGAGGGGACGUCACUUUUGGAGACAUUUUUACUGAUUUAGGAGAUCUUCCCGGCUUGUAUCCUGAGAACAUGGUGGGGGAAUCGCUUAUGCAACUGGAGAGGAGGAAAAACGCCGAACGGAUGGCAGCCCGGAGGAGGGCCGAGACCAUCCGUUCUAAACCUACUGCCACGAUUGAGUCUUCUCUACCUGUUAUUGCGGAAGAAAUGGCUCAAAUUGAGAUGGCCGAGACGGAGCAGCCAGUUGAACGGUUGAGUCAAAGGAAUGAUCCGAGGAGGGAGAAACGUCCCGCCGAAAGCGAAGUCGACUAUGAGGAAAUCCCUACCGACAAACGGCCGUGCAUAAAGGAGUCAGACUCGGUUGUGGACGAACGGCCGCGCAUAGAGGAGUCGGACUCGGUUGUGGCAUUUGUGGUUCAACCAAGGAUAAAAAAUGUGUCGAUUUCCUCUGAUGCAUCGGCUCUUAAAGAUCCGACCGUGGCCUUGAGUAUGGCUUCGCCAAUUUCCCUAUCGACUGACAGGGAAACCUUUCGGACGGAACCAGACUUGCUAGCAAUAGCAUUAGCAUUAGCCGCUCAGUCGGCCAUACUAGAACAUGACUUGAUCCUUACGGCGGGAAGGAUAUCCGAGAUAGGCCGCCGUCAACAUGAUGCUAUUGAACAGAUUAGCUUUCUGAAAACGGAAAUUGAAAGUGAGAAGGGCAAGGCCGCGGAGGCCGCUCAAAGAGCCGAGCACGAGGCAACGAGAGCGGCGGAGGAAAGUGUAAGGGCCGAUGCUGAGGCAGAAAAGGAGAGGAGUUCUGACCGGCUCAGAUUGGCCGCCGAGGAGAGGGCAAAUGCGAUCGAGGAUGCGCUCAAGUUAGCCAAGGAGGUGAUUGCCAAGAUGGAAGCCGACUUGGAAGAAUCAAAGAAGGGGAAGGAAAAAGCUAACUCCGAAAUUUCCAAAGCGUUCCAGGUUGGGAAUGACGCCACCUUGGAGAACUAUGUAGAGGAAGUCUCCAAGUUUAAGAAUCAGGACUUCAAACACAGCUGGCUCAAAUCCCUUGACUUUAACAAACGAUCCUUCUCAAAAUCAAUUAUAAAUAUUUAUGCUGGUUUUACACCAUCUUGA